GACAAGCCCCUCCCACUCACUGCCUACAUGUUCAGGUACUAGCUGCAACAAACUGCUAUGCUUCCUGUCAACCGGGCAGUGCCAUUGAAUCGACGGUUUUUUUCUAGUUUGUUGUGGAGUUACGUCGACGACAACUCUAAACUAUCAUCCUGAACAUAAUUCGCAUUAACAUAUUGUUGGUGCGGUGUUUACAAUAUUUAAUUCCCACUUGUCAGUCUUCACUAGCAAAUGUCGAAGUAAGGCUACGCAGAAAGGACGGAGAGAAAGGUGACACUCGUGAGAAGCCGCUCAAUUGCGUUAACAGCUAAAGGAAUCGGACAUCACUCAUCCGGGUUGUUCGGUAGAUUGCAAUGACAGAUUCAAAUGGGGAUGGGAAGUUGGAGGUGAAACAGGCCAGUAAAGAAGUAAAAGAGAGCGAGAAUGUGGCCGAAAAAUACUCCGCGAUGACAGUCAAGAACACCGACAUGAACGUGGGCGAACUCUCCGCAGCAUUUACUGCAGUCCCCACUCUCAAAUCUGUCAAGAAGCAGAUCCAGUUUGCCAACCAGGAGGACAAACAGGAGUUCAGCAAGUUCCCCACCAAGGCAGGCCGGCGCUCCCUGUCCCGCUCCAUCUCCCAGUCCUCGACUGACAGCUACAGCUCAGCGGCCUCCUACACGGACAGCUCUGAUGAUGAGUCGUCUCCGCGGGAGAAGAACCAGGCCAACACCAAGGGCAAUAGCGACUUCUGUGUGAAAAACAUCAAGCAGGCUGAGUUUGGCCGCCGCGAGAUAGAAAUCGCAGAGCAAGACAUGUCUGCUCUGAUGGCGCUGAGGAAGAGAGCCCAGGGGGAGAAGCCUCUGGCUGGGGCCAAAAUAGUGGGCUGUACCCACAUCACCGCCCAGACAGCUGUGCUCGUUGAGACCCUGGUUGCCUUGGGAGCCCAGUGCCGCUGGACUGCGUGUAACAUCUACUCCACUCAGAACGAGGUGGCUGCCGCCCUGGCCGAGUCAGGUGUUGCAGUGUUUGCAUGGAAGGGGGAGUCGGAAGAUGACUUCUGGUGGUGUAUCGACCGAUGUGUCAACACAGAGGGCUGGCAAGCCAACAUGAUUCUGGAUGAUGGCGGGGACCUGACCCACUGGGUUUAUAAGAAGUACCCAAAUGUGUUCAAGAAGACCCAGGGCAUCGUGGAGGAAAGCGUCACUGGUGUGCACAGGCUGUACCAGCUGUCCAAGGCGGGGAAACUGUGUGUUCCUGCCAUGAAUGUGAAUGACUCAGUCACCAAGCAGAAAUUUGACAACCUCUACUGUUGCCGGGAGUCCAUCCUGGAUGGUCUGAAGAGGACCACGGACGUGAUGUUCGGUGGAAAGCAAGUGGUGGUCUGUGGAUAUGGAGAGGUGGGCAAGGGAUGCUGCAUGGCACUGAAGGCCCUCGGAGCCAUAGUCUGCAUCACGGAGAUCGACCCAAUAUGUGCCUUGCAGGGCUGCAUGGACGGUUUCCGGGUAGUCAAGCUGAACGAAGUCAUCCGCUCGAUGGACAUGGUCAUCACAUGCACAGGAAAUAAAAAUGUAGUGAGCAGAGAGCAGUUGGACCGCAUGAAGAACGGCUGCAUUGUCUGCAAUAUGGGCCACUCCAACACAGAGAUCGACGUGGCCAGCUUGAGGACACCUGAGUUGACGUGGGAAAGGGUUCGUUCCCAGGUGGACCAUGUCAUCUGGCCUGAUGGCAAGAGGGUCAUCCUGCUAGCUGAGGGUCGUCUGCUGAACCUCAGCUGUUCCACCGUUCCCUCGUUUGUGCUGUCCAUCACAGCCACCACUCAGGCUUUGGCUCUGAUAGAGCUGUACAAUGCUCCAGAGGGCCGUUACAAACAAGAUGUCUACCUACUGCCCAAAAAGAUGGAUGAAUAUGUGGCCAGCUUGCACCUUCCCAACUUCGACGCCCACCUGACGGAGUUGUCUGAUGAGCAGGCCAAGUACAUGGGUCUGAAUAAGAAUGGGCCAUUCAAACCUAAUUACUACAGAUAUUAACAAGAGGGAAUAUCAGACUGGCAAGAGGAAAUCAGUCAUCUUCAAAGUUCUGAAGUAACUUUUUUUAUUAAUAUAAUUUCAGUCAAGUUUAAUGUUAGUCAAUAGUUCUAUCUUUAAGGUACUAUUAUGUAUUCUAUUAUACCUAUAGGUAUUGUGACCAAUAAUACAUUCUUAAUUCUCCAGUCAUGAAAUAUGUCUUAAAUCAUGUCUUAAUAUGUUUUCUAUUGUUGAUUUAACUUUUAUUUUUUAAUCGAACGAGUACUUAUUGAUCACAGUCUAUUGACAGAAUUAUUCAAAACAGUGCCAAAUCCUGGCCACGCGAUUGGAACAGCAUGUAUUCUGUGUGUGAUGUCAUUUCUUCUGAUGAAAGUGUUGAGCAAAAGGAAAAAAAAAGGUUUUCAAGAAUGGCUUAGACAAUUAUUUAAAACGAAACUAUUACAUUUAAUGCACCGAAGGUCCCUCCGUCUAUAUGUGUUAGAAUGUUGACCUGUAUUUCUGUGUUACAUGUUUAAAAAUGCAAAUGUAUAGUAGACAUACUAAUUUCUACUGAUAUUUCUAUUUAAGCCUCUAUUUUAGAAAACAAGUCACGCUAUUUGUGUAAGCUUCACUCAGCUCAGGAGUGCAUGGAGCACAGAUAUAGAUGUAAUAUUAUUCCCUGGACCUAGAAGGUUCUCUCUCUAUAGCUGGACUUUAACACUCUCCUCACUGACCAUGCAUAACAGGCUGCCACAAGCACUCCAUAUUUCAGCAUUGCAUCCUGAAUUAUAAUGAUUUAAGUUUUAUUUGAUUUGAUUUGAUUUGAAUUAUAAUGAUUAAGUUUUCCAUUUGCCUUAUUUAGAGGAAAUGACACAUGGCCAUAAGCAUCCAUUUUGGUUAUUAUUUAGAGGAAAUGACACAUGGCCAUAAGCAUCCAUUUUGGUUAUUGUCACAGCAGGCGUGCCUUCCUAGGCGCUUUGUGAUCAGAUCCAAAUGCCCCAACCCUUCAAUAAAACCCUAUGGAAAUCACAGAAGUAUACACAGCAUGGCACUUACAUGAUUGCUCAUCUAUCUUACCCUUUUCAGUAGCUGUGUGACCCGUAACUUGUUGUUGAGCGUAUAUAUAUAUGAAAACUAGCUGAUUGCCCACAAAUAUUUUUUACAUUUUAUUUUCAUGUUUCAUGUAACGUUAGAUUGAAUAAUCCAGGACAGGAUUCUGGAAACACUCCUUUUCCUUGACCCUUUAACAGCUUAUUUGUUUUGUUUUAUGUACACUUGUACAGAAAUCCCAGUUGGCUUGAAAGAAACAUCACUGUGAAUUUCAUCUUGGGAAAGCGUUAACGUUCGUGUUAAGUAGGGAUGUGCUUCUGGACUCCUAAUCUUUCCCCACGGCCAAUGAUUUGGUCUCACUGUGUGCGUGACGUUACCCGCAGCCUGUGUGUUGUAUUUAAAUGUAUCGACUGAAUUGCUGUUUUAGUGCAAAUACAGUAUUUGCAUCAUAAUAAAUAAAGUUAUGCCACUCUAUUCACAUCA